UUCUUCCAAAACUCUGCAGAGCGUGUCAUGUUGAUGCGUCAGUGCGAGCAUAAUCCCAGCCUCUUUUCAUUACAGUAUGAGUGGCUCGGAUGGCAUAAACAGAGUGUGCACCACUACCAACCCACACGAUACUGCUGGUUCGGUGGUGGAAGUGGCUUCUUGUCUGGUUUUCAGCCAAUCUCGACCAUUCUUAGGACUUAUCAGCAGUGGUCUAUUAUUUGUUAAAAUUAUCUAUUGUGUGUUGAAUGUUGAAAGUUCCGAUAGUGAAGCAAAUUUCGUCACCUCCAAGCAAGCGAGCAAGCAUCAGCAGCAGCAGCAGAUCCAAGUGUGCUUCAGCGCGGUAGCAAAAGUGGGUAUGCUAUUUUUAGUACUGCGAAAGAGUGCAAUUCGCUUGGAAGAGCGUGUGCAUCUAUGGUAGAUGCGUCGUUCCGCCUUGGAGUGAAGUAAAGCGAACGACGAAAAGUAAACGAGUAAAAAGAAGCCAGCACAACAAAACAACAGCAGCAAGAGCAGCCACCACCAGCAGCAGCAAGUGUUUCGUUUCCCGUUUUAAGCAUUCCCUUGAGUUGUGUGUGUGUGUGUGUGUUAGAGCGCUAAAGUGUGUUCUGAGUGUGUGGUGUUGCCACUUUCUUGUGUUGUGUGUUUGUUUUGUAUUGCACUGCUGCACCUUUCCAUUUCGCUCCGUUUGCGACACACAAUCCUUCUGAAGCCGGCGUGCAUGUGUGUGAGUGAGCCCAUUUGCAAAUAACACCAGAAGCGAGGUGAAAAGAAGGAUACAUCUCCUCUUGAUCUCAGCGGGCGUGUUUGUGUGUGUAUGUGUGCCUAAAGUGUAUAUCGCUUGUCGGAUUGCAAGCCGUGUGUAGUAGUGGUGUAGCUCAGUGUAUGUAUAUCUAGCAGAGUACUGCCGUGUUGUGGCUAGUUCGUCCUGAAAGCCCAUCUCCACCAGCAGCAGCAGCAGCAGCAGGAAACGAUUGGUGAAAGUGACGGCAGAAAAGAAGGUGUCGUGUUUAGGAGUGUGUUGAUUUCUCACUUUGUGUGUUUUGGUUUUGGUGUUGCCAAACCAGCAAGGAAAAGAUUGCCAGCGUACCCGACGCAGGCAGCUGUUUUUUGUUUGUGGUGUGCAGCGUGUCGCAGUGUGCGCAGUAUCCGAUGCUUUUGCGUCCUCUCGCAGUGGUUGCGUGUGUUGGUGUGUAACGUAGCUGUGUGAAAAGAAGGCGGGUGCAUCUUGUGUGGGGUUUGCAGGACGAAAAUUUGGUACGAAGCACUGCGACGAAUGGUGUUGGUGUUGUUUUAUUAAUUCGGUGCAAUUGGUGCAGUAUCAAAUACACAAAUCCCUCUCUCCCCGGUUCUGUCUCGUUCAUGACUCCAUCGGUACGAUAAUUCGCGCAAGUGUUAAUUUUUGUCCCGGGAAUUAUUUUUCGUUCCAUUCGGUCACUUGCGUUCUGUUGUUCUCUUUUGUUUGUGACGGAACGAGCGCACAAGUGGAGCCACCGUUCAUUAGUUCUCUGGUUGCCCCGGUUGUUUGUUCUUUUGUUCGCCUUCACACAAGUGCAAUUCCGCGCACGCCACCACCGGCCGCCUGGUGAGUGCGGAAUAUACUGUCAACCAGUGCCACCACCUCCCAGCAAGCCCCCUUCCCCCCGUUGCGGUGCACAAUAGGCUCGGUUGAGGAAGAAAGCAUCGUCGUAGUCGGCAUUACGGAGACCAACGGAAUAAACGUCGCCGAAAGUAUGGUGAAACGAACGGACGGCACAGAGUCUCCGAUAAUUACGGAGAGCGAUGCAGAUACAGAUAAACCGCGGAUGAGAUAUGGAGAGCUCGUGAUAUUGGGAUAUAAUGGCUUUCUACCACAGGGCGAUCGUGGCCGGCGCCGGUCAAAGUUCGUCCUGUACAAACGCACCGAAUCAAAUGGUGUGAAGCGCUCGAAACACUACAUUGUACAGUCGCCACAGUCGUCGCAGGCCAUCUUGGACGCGAAACAGCACUCCAUAUCGUACACGCUCUCCCGCAACCAGGCCGUAAUCGUUGAGUACAAAGAGGACCCCGAUACGGAUAUGUUUCAGGUGGGACGGUCAUCCGAAUCGCCGAUAGAUUUCGUUGUGAUGGACACUCUACCAGGUGACAAGAAAGAUGCAAAAAUUGUGCAGAGCACAAUUUCCAGAUUCGCCUGCCGAAUUUUGGUAGAUCGGGCUGAUGGCAACAAGGCGCGGAUAUAUGCAGCCGGAUUCGAUUCGAGCAGAAACAUAUUCCUAGGGGAAAAGGCCACCAAAUGGCAGGACAACGUAGAAAUCGAUGGCCUCACGACAAACGGCGUACUGAUAAUGCAUCCAAAGGGCGACUUUUGCGGUGGCAACGCAGACUGUGGCCAGUGGCGUGAAACGUCCGUUGGAGGCGAUGUGUUUAGCUUGCGGGAAUGCCGCUCGGCGCAGCAGAAAGGACAGCAGAUCUAUGACGAGACGAAUGUGCUGCAGGACGGCACCCUUAUCGAUCUCUGUGGGGCGACACUUUUAUGGCGCUCGGCCGAAGGUUUGCGGCAUUCACCGACCAAGAAGGACCUGGAAAAACUUGUCGACGAAAUCAACGCAGGAAGGCCGCAGUGCCCGGUAGGCCUGAACACGUUAGUUAUUCCUAGAAAAGUGUCAUUGGGUGAUCACGUCAAUCAGCCUUACGUUUAUCUGAACUGUGGUCAUGUGCAGGGUCAGCACGGUUGGGGUCAGGACAAAAAUACAAACGCACGACGGUGUCCGAUGUGUCUGGCGGUUGGGCCGGUGGUGACGCUCUGCAUGGGUGUUGAGCCUGCAUUCUAUGUCGAUUCGGGUCCACCGACGUAUGCAUUCAAUCCAUGCGGUCACAUGGCGACUGAAAAAACGGUCAAGUAUUGGGCAAACGUUGACAUACCUCACGGUACCAACGGUUUCCAGUCGGUUUGCCCGUUUUGUGCGACCCCGCUUGUAGGAUCUCUCGGGUACAUAAAGUUGAUUUUCCAGGAUAAUUUAGAUUAAUUGCGCCAUCAUCUUCUCAUGCUUUAUGUCUUCACCCGUCACGUGUUACGUCGUCGUCGCAUCGCACUCGCGGCCGCCUAUUUUCCGAGAGCCAGUUUAUGGUGAGCUGAAAACGCUAAACAAUCCGUGAUUGAAACGCUUAAGAUGAUUCAGCCAGAAGCGCCAUCUAGUGUACGGUAUCGGAAAGUGUUCGUGUAUGAUUCAAGGCUAGCGCCACCUAUUGGCGCGUAGGUAGUUUUAUUUCUAAACCUCUGUUGCAAGCUUGCAAUUUUCAAAUUCAAUGUUCAUCAUAGCGGCAUUUUGUUCUUUAUUAUCAGUUUGAGCCGUGCUUCAUAGUACGGUCUAUGUGUAGAGUAUCUGUUUAAUAUUCCAGUUUAUUAUUGAAGUGUUAAUGUAUUUUACCCGUUAAUUUAAUGUCGAAUGAAGCGGAGGAGACGGUGUUGAUCGGAAAGUGGCGCAGCAACCGCGAACGCUUAGAUGGGAAGCGGGAUUGGAACAAUCAGUAAUACAAACCAAACAUAAUUAUUAUACACAACUGGAUUGAAAACUGCUGCACCGCUGGAUCACACAAUACUGAUGUGACGUAAUUUACAACGGAAACAGUACGCGCCUUUAAAUCGUGAGCUGGCUGGCACCCGACUAGUAAUGGUUACCCGGGCACAUUGUAGGUUCGUUUUUUUUACAUACGCAGUACGUUUAGUAGUGGGCACGUGACAGCAACAAGAGUGGUUUGAGCGCAUUCUCAUCUAUGGUUAAGUUACGUUGAACGAUUGUGUUAUUGCGGUAGUUUCGAAACUGAUGAAAUUGUAAAGAAAAAAAAACUCGCUAACGAAAAGCGUGUGCACGGCGAAUACGGCGCAUAGUGUUUGAAAUAGCAUCUUGUCUUAGAAUAAAUUGAAUUCUCUCUAUAGCCUUCUUUUGUGCGAAUAUACUGGGUCAUAGCGCGGAUGCAUAACGCCAUCUACGGCGCACAUUUUGAACGCACCUCGUGUCAGUGUGCAAAGCAAAGCGAACAAUUCUGUAGCACUUAUUGAGGUUUGAAGGAAACGUGCGUAUCGUUGAUCCUGUGGAUAUAACGACUUCAUCAUCUAGAUUGGUUUAGUUAAACAGUUAAGUUUAGUGUUUAGUUUGCUCUUGUUUUAAGGACACACUAUUGGAAUUACUUUUCAACCCCCCAAAUGAACUGAUUAUGUUUUGCGAUUAGUUUGCCGUUCGGUUUAAAUCGUUUGUACUUGUUUAUUUUGCUUCUAUGUUUCGAGACUCAUUUUUUUUCUUCUCUAUUUCCUUACACAUUAUUGAAGUAGCAUAAUGAAACUAAUUGUACACUUUGUGAUUUCGAUUAUUACACUUGCUCUCAAUUUUCAAAUCAAAUAAAUUACUAGUGAAUUGAAUUGGUUGUGUUGAGGUAAGUAAUAAAACAAACAAGCCAUGUUUUAAUCGUGUGUGAGCGUGUUAUUAACAACCGGAAUCGAAGGCGAUAAUGAAGUGUGGAGAUUUGGGAAAGUGUCUCAAAGGGGGUGCAAAAUUUGUGACGAGAAAGCAAAAAAAAAAAAAACGUGCAGCGUGAAAACAGCUUUAUCAACUAAGUAACGCGGAGCAAACGUGCGCGAUGAAGUUUAAAACUAGUAUUUUAGUGAAUUUUGUUCGUUCAGGGUUCUGUAAACGCGUUGAGAUUGCUUCUUUUUCUCGAUUGUGGCACGCACUACGAAAUCAAGCAGCAAAAUGAAAUUAUACACAAAUAUGAACAAAGCAAAUGAAAAGAAAACAAGAACAAUAGCCCAAUAAUGUGAAGAACAUGGUAUGGAAGAAUCUUCAUUUGCGAAGAAACAUGUACAUAAAUUAUUGAUAAGACAAUUGCAUAAAAUAAUUAGAUAAUGUAAGCAUGUGUGAUGUGCGCGUCGUGAAAAAUA